AUGUCCGCCCCUUCCACUGACACGCGUAUCCACAGCUCCCCUGAGCAGGAAGGAUUUCACUUCACGCCCAUCAAAGCCUUACGCGUCCUUCCCCGCCUGUGGGAGCGCACACCCUCUACACCGUUUAGGACUGGCCAGAAACCGCGUAAGCUUUGGAAGCGCAUUGCUGGUAUGGCUGGUCUCUCGACGGCGCCUACUGGUGACGCGUCGACUACUGCGAUCAGUAAUACCAGCAACAACACGGAAGUCCGAGGUGUGAAACGACUGCGUACCAACGCAGGAGAUCUUACAGAAGAAGAUGAGGACAGUCAGUCUAGAAGUUUCCUCGAGACAAAAUGGGAACCUCAGGUAUUUGAAAAACAACGAAAAUUGCCCGACGAUACAACUCAUAGUUGUGACGAAGUUUCUCAACUCGGAUCGGCUGUUUCUGCAGCCACACCAGGUGGUCCCAUCAAUGACGUCGACGUCGACAUCACAACAACUGACUCGUUUCGACCAACUAAGAUCCCUCGAAGCCCUAGCAACUCUCCUAUAUUCUCUGAUGCCGAGAAUCCGAGUUCUCUGACCUCUGACGUAAAGGCGAUUGAAACCGAAUGCUCUGGACCCUUUGCCGAAGACCAAUGCGCAUUGAUCGACAAUGCAUCCAAGGACGGAAAUGGAGAUGACGCACCCACCCCGACAGAAGCUGUGCGCAACCUGACUCAAAAGCAAGAGGGUACACUAGUAAGAUCUGCACUGCGAAGCUCGCUCGAUGGAGCUGAUGCCGAGCUCCUGAAUGACUUCCUGUCGAAGGCGCAAGCUAAGCGUGCAGCCAAAGCGGUCUCCAUCACCCCGCACAUUGAUGAUGAUGCGAAAGAGUCGUCCGGUCAAGAGUCCCAAGAUGUUGAAAGUGACGUGUCGCGCUUACGUCGCGUCCUGGAGAUUCUGGAUGCGAACAAGUCGCCCACCAAGUCACUUCUAUCGCCCACGAAAGGUGUCAACACCGGGGAUGGCGCCAAAAACGAAAAUAAUGACAGCAACGAAAUUUCCAACGCAGUCGUCAAUACGAAUACUCAGACUAGCGAACCAGCCCCUUUAGCCUCCAUAUCCCGGCGCAGCGCGCGAGCCAGAGUUCCGAUCGAGCGCAACAAUAUCCCUCUUCGCCGGCCGAACGGUUCAGAGUUUAUUUUCCAAAAGCGUACCCCGGAACAAGAGUUUGCCUUGGCCAUCAAGCGUAACACCCGCAAGAAUUGUGGCGCCGUAUGGCCAAAGCAGGUCCUCAUGUUCAUGGCUCUACCUGAGGGAUACCAAGGGCCGGAGCUCCUGUCUUCUGACGGUGAAGACCGUCCACUCAAGAAUCCUCCCAAGAAUGUUACCUGGAACGAAGAGGAGAUUGAAGAGCACAUACAGUGGCGAAAUGAGAUGGAUGCCAAAAAGGCCCUUGGGUCACCCCAGGAUCCGACAGAUGACAUCGAUGUUGAUGUUGACAUUGAGCAUGUUGAUACUGACUCUGUCUUACCAUCAGCCGCUGGCAAGGCAAGAGCAAAGCGAUCAAUGGCCAACAUUCGCGCCGCUGCUACUGUCAAUUCAAGAGUUGGAAACAAGAGACGCAUGGUCGGUACGAUUGGUGUUUCGGGUACCCCCGUGAAGAAGCGUCCGAUCAGGCCAUCACCCUCGAUGGCUGCUGCGACCACUAGUGAGAAAAAUACUGCUGAGGAGACUAUGGAGCUUGCAGGCACUUCUGUGCCCACUAUUGCUGAGUCCGCAACUUCUGCGCCAGCAACUCCUGCUAAAGGUCGCCGUAAGCUAAUUCCUAAGUCUCCAGUUUUUUCAAAGCCAGCAAGUGCAUCAUCUAAGAGUAGCAUCCCUACUCGUACCGGCUCUAGUUCUGGUUCUGAUUUUGCUUCUGGCUCCGGAACUAGCUCUGGUGGCUCUGCGACAGAGUGCCACGCUAGUAGCUCUAGUAGCAGUGCUGAGGAAUGGAAACCACAUGUGCCCAAGACGACUCGAUCCAACGCAGGUAGCACACCUCGUCGCGUUAAGCGCAGUAAGGUAUGA